CGUUGCUGCCAAAUUGUUCUUCCGCGUCUUGUUGUGCUUGUGCUGCGUGUGAUCUAGCUACGAGUAUACAACCGAGGGGAAGAAAUGAGGCAGCACCAGGACCCGCCGGCGGAGAUCUUCCACCCAGCGCACCCGGCGCACGACCUCAAGCUGGUGACCGCCGGCGGCGGCGCGACGGCGACGUUCGUGUGCGACGGAUGCAAGGAGCCCGGCGGCGGGGCCCGGUACACGUGCGGUUGCGGGAGCGCCAGCUUCGACCUCCACCCGCCGUGCGCCCUCGCCGACGAAGACGAGGCCCUGCGGCACCCUCUGUUCCCCGGCCGCGACUUCUUCUUCCUCCCGGAGCCUCCGCCGCCGGUGGACAGGACGAUCUGCGACGCCUGCGGCGAGGCCGCGCGCGGGUACGUCUACCACUGCUUCGAGGGCGACCUGGACCUCCACCCGUGCUGCGCGCGCCUGCCGGAGCGCAUCCUCCAGGACGGCCGCGUCUUCGACCUCCGCCGGAAGACGUCGCGGCGGCCGUGCGGCCUGUGCGGCGACAACCGCCGCCGCGACUUCUGGGCGUACAGCUCCUACUUCGACGGCGAGGCCGUGGACCUCCACGUGGCGUGCAUGAAGGACGUGGCUCGCCUGAGCUGGGAGGCGGCCUGCGAGGACCGGGCCGGCGGCGGCCAGAUCGUGCAGGCGAGCCUGCCCAACAUGGACCGGACGCUGCAGAGCUUGCCCAGGAGCAAGAGGAGGAGGAGUGGGUUCGAGCAGUUCAUCAGGAUCGUUAGCACCGUGGCGAGCAUCAUCAUCGCUGUGAUUUUUGGCAACCCCGUGGCGAUGAUGGCCGCCAUAGCAGGGCCAGGUGGUUUCCUUCGGGGUUAGUUUUUUUUAUCGAUCGAGGUGCCAAAACAUCAAGGGCCAGCAGGGUUAAUUUUUUGUUUACCUUACUGUGAGUUACUUGAUGUACACGUCUUUUGUUUCAUUCAUUUGAAUACCGAUUUAUUCAUGUAUGUUUUGGUGUACCCUUUUGUUAUUCAACCAUUGAGUGUUGUAUGGUAUGCACAGUGAAAUUCUGUAC